AUGCAUUCUGUGACAUACCAGGAUUGCCCAAGGAAAUCAGAGGUCGAACGCUACGUUAAAGAGCAUAAAAUCGAUGAAAUGCUGCAGAAUUUGACCUCUUCGUUAUUCUACCAAAUGUCAGAAAAUCCAAAACAAUAUUUAAUUGAACAAUUACGAUUAUUAAAAGCUUCACGAGAUGAAUAUGCAGAACCUCCAACAUUAUUUACUGAAACUAAUGCUGAAACAAUAUUUAAUAUGCUUGAUCCAUGUGAUAAGAAGUCAAUCCCUCUAGAUCGAUAUCAUCAUGCUUUAGAAACAUUAGGAGUACUACAACAUAGUAAAGUUUUAGACAACAAAGAUGAAUUCAUAAGUAAAGAUGUAUAUAUGAAUGUUGUUAAAACAGGUUUAAAACAAAUGGCCUCAACUUAUAAACCAUUUAAAUAA